AUGCUCCCGCCACCAGACGCGCAACAUGCGACGCCAGCAGACACUCCUGCGGUCGUAGAGAAGAGCGACCAGGAGGCGGCGGCGAUUGCAGCGGUCGACGAGAAGAAGCUCCUCCGGAAACUCGACUUUCUCAUGAUGCCCAUCCUCCUCAUCAUUGUCGGAUUGCAGUACUACGACAAGGUGAACUUUGCCUCCCAUUCCUCCUCCGCCUUUUCGUUCCGCCUCGCAUCGGGUUCUCCUUCUGCCGCCUUCUCGUCGCUGACAUGGAUCCCUAAGCAGGCCGUCCUCAACUCGGCGGCCAUCUUUGGCAUAAUCCCCGAUCUCCACCUCUCAACAACCCACAUCGACCCGGCGACGGGAAAGAAGAUUGUUUCUACCCUCAGAUACUCGACAGCUAGCUCCAGUUUCUACUGGGGCUACAUCGCCGCCGUUCUUCCAUUCGCGCUGCUUCUGAAGCGCGUCAACGCCGUCAAGACCCUCGGCGUCCUUGUCUUGCUCUGGGGCGUUGUAGUCUGCCUCACGGUGGUCUGCACGUCCUACCAAGGCCUCGUCGUCCAGCGCGUCUUUCUCGGCGUCCUCGAGUCGUCCGUCAGCCCCGGCUUCGUCCUCCUCACGACGAUGUGGUACAAGCGGUCGGAGCAGGCGACCCGUCUCGGAAUCUGGUACAGCGCGACAGGCAUCUGGAGCAGCUUCAGCGGCCUCGUCAACUUUGGCCUCGGCUCCGCACACGGCUCCUACCCCGCCUGGAAGCGCCAAUACCUCUUCGCCGGCUGCCUGACGAUCCUCGCCUCCUCGCUCCUCCUCUUCGUCCUCCCUUCCUCGCCUUCGACACCCAAUCGCUUCUUCAGCGAGCAGGAACGAGCGGUGCUUGUGAGGAGGACGAGAUCGAAUAUGGGCGGACGAAUUGGGUUUGGCGGAGCUUGGGACUGGAAGCAGGUCAAGGAGGCGGCGUGUGACAUCAAGAUCUACAUCUUUGCGCUUAUGGGAGCCGGCAUUUACAUCUGCAACGGUGCGGUCACAGCCUUCGCAAGCCAGAUCAUCAAGAGUCUCGGGUCGUACUCGAGCUUGCAGGCUAUCGCGCUCGGCGUCCCGGCCGGCAUCUUCACCGCCGUCUUCAUCUACUUCUUCACCUUCCUCUCACACAAGUUUCCCAACUCGCUCACCAUACUCCUGCCCAUCUCGUGCAUUCCCGUCAUCGUCGGCGCGGCGAUCAUUCAUGGAGCGAGCUGGAAGCACCCGGGUGUGCCGUUGUUCGGAAACUACCUCCUCGCGACUUUCGGCUCCCCCUACGUCCUCCUUCUCGCCCUCGCCGCCUCCAACGUCGCCGGCUCGACCAAGAAGGCCAUCACCUCGGGCGCCAUCUUCGUCGGCUACUGCGUCGGCAACAUCGUGGCGCCCUACACCGUCUUCAUUAGCGAGAAGCCCGUCAAGUUCCGCUCGACUUGGAUCGCGCUCUACGUUUCGCUCGGGAUUGUCAUGCUCUUCUCGCUCCUCCUCCGCUUCAUCCUCGCGCGCGAGAACCGCCUCCGCCAGUCCACCACCUCUUCCGCGCCCACCUCUUCCGACCCCGAAAAGGUUGACGACUCGUGCGCGAGCAGCGUCGUCUCGGACGAAGAGCAAGAGCGGAUCGAGCGUGAGGACUUGACGGAUCGCGAGAACAAGAGGUUCCGGUAUACGCUCUGA